AGAAAUCGACAGUGGGGAGAACUUGGAAUUUUUGGCUUGCUCCCUAGAUGGGAUGUCGGUCACUUGUACUUGAUGCCAGUGGAAAAAAGUAGAUUUUUGCGAAUAAUUUUUUGUCAACUACUCAAUUAUUAAAUAUCAAUCAAAAUGGGUAAAGGAUUCAACAAUUACAUGUGUAAAAAAUUCUUCCAUCCAGCUUCUAGAGAUAACCUGAAACGGGUAUGGAUGGCUGAACAACAAGCUGAGGCUGAGAAAAAGAGGCAGGAAGAGCUACGUAUGCAAUAUGAAAAAGAGCAGGACCUUCACAAUAAUAAAGCUCUACUGAGCAAGGAAAGUAAAGAUAAAUUAAGUGUCAAUUUCAUGUAUGAACCUCCUCCUGGUGCUAAAAAAGAAAGAGAAAAGGAAGAUAAUGAACCUGAAUUCAAGUUUGAGUGGCAACGUAAAUACAAUGCACCAAGGGAAAGCUACUGCAAAGGAGACAGUGAGAUUAGGGAUCAACCGUUUGGUAUUCAAGUGCGCAACGUAAGAUGUAUCAAGUGUCACAAGUGGGGUCAUAUAAAUACAGAUAAGGAAUGUCCACUAUACAGUCAAGCAAUGAGUGUUGUGAUAGCUGGCAAUAAUCCCACAGAAACCCUUCCAGUGACACCUGAUGCUUUAACUUUAGUGCAACAGAUGAGAGAUGAUGGUUUAGCAUUAAAAAAAUCUGCUCUGAAUGCUCAACAACAUUUAAGUGUCCCACAACAUCAACACUUAAUGGUUUCUGAUGACGAGGAACAGACUGAAAUUACAUUUUUUAAGUCAUUGUCAAAAAAAGAAAAGAAAAAACUUUUAAAAAAACUUGAAAAAAUGGAGAAAAAAAAGAAGUUAAAGAAAAAGAAGUUGAAAAAGAAGAAAACUCAUUCUAAAAGUAGUAGUGAGAGUAGCAAUAGUGAAAGUGACAGUGAUUCAAGUAGUUCUAAAGAAGAUAGAGAAAAGGAGAGGCGAAAAGAAAAACACAAAAGGGAACAUAAAUCAAGUCGACAUGACAAAGAAGUUAAUGAAAAAAGUAAAACCUGGGAUCAAAAAGAAAAUCAUAAACAUAGAUCACAUUCCUCAAAAGAUUAUUCAAAAAGCAAAAAAAGGAAGUUUAGUGAAUCAAGCGAUGAAGAAAGAUAUAAAAGGAAAGACGAUAAGCGCCGGAAAAGAUAAACUUUUCCACUCCAUUCCUAUUCUAAUUGACUACAUAGGAAAUUAUAAUUUACAAUUCAACUAAUAAUUUGUAUAAUCAUAAAUUGCAAUGUAAAUAGAAAAUUUUUAUUAGCAUAUGUCAUUAACGGUAUUGUAAUGGAUUAAUAUAUUAUAUUACAACUUAAGCUAUUUGCGAUACAUGUAUGGUGUAUAAUUAAGAUAUCUAUACAAAUAAAUGUAUAAAA